GGAAAGGGGAAACUACGCGUGAAUGGCGAAGGCAGGUAUCAUGACGUCGAUGACGAUGAUUGGAGCUUUGGCCCUUGUCCCUGCCUUAGCGCGCAUGACGAGGACGCGCCGAGGUCCACUUUGUCGGGAGUCCGUCACCUCUGAUCAGAGCUACCCCACGUUCUAUCGAUCUCUCUCAGGAUACUCUAGACCAAACUCAUCAUGGCUCACAAGGCGCCGUUGGUUGUUCCUGCACUCAAGCGACACACGGCCACUGUCAUCGUGGCACAUGGACUGGGUGACAGCGGGGCUGGCUGGAUAUUCCUCGCGGAGAACUGGCGCAGGCGCAGCAAGUUCGAGGAGGUCUCCUUCAUCUUCCCUAAUGCGCCAAACAUUCCAAUCACGCUGAACAUGGGCAUGAGCAUGCCAGGAUGGUACGACAUCAAGUCGCUCAGCACGCUAGAUGACCGGGACGAAGACGAAAAGGGCAUCGUCGAAUCCCAAAAAUACUUCCACUCCCUUAUCGACCAAGAAGUCGCAAAAGGCAUACCCGCGAACCGCGUAGUCGUUGGAGGCUUCUCGCAAGGAGGUGCCAUGUCGCUGCUGUCCGGUGUGACUUACAAAGAACAGCUCGGAGGUAUCUUUGGCCUGAGCUGCUACCUGCUACUGCAGAAGAAGAUCAAAGACAUGAUUCCGACUGAGAACCCCAACCAGAAGACGCCCAUCUUCAUGGGCCACGGCGACGCCGACCAAGUGGUUGCGCACAAGUGGGGCAAGCUGAGCGCGGACGAGCUCGAGAAGCACGGGUUCAAGGUCGACUUCAGGACUUACAAGAACCUGGUGCAUUCCGCCGACCCAGAUGAGAUCGAUCACCUCGAGUCCUACCUCAACCAGCAAAUACCUGCUCUCGGCGACAAGUCAGAGCUCUGACUCUCUCAUCCUUCCCCGAUCAUGUCGACCGAAGCGACGACAACUCUGGUGCUUAUGAUUACACUGGCCAUUGCUUGGUUUGCGUCGUACAAGCGUGAUGCUAUACUAAGGCCGCAUGAUGAGACGGACUGGCACGGGCAUUGAGCUACAUAUAAUGAUUGGGGACAUAUG